AUGCUCCUAAGUGCGCGUUCGAUCGGCGAGAAUAUUACUGUCUACCGCAGCCAAGUGCCCACAGUCUCAGGUUCCUCGACGACCACGGUAAACAAAUAUCGCGUCAACUCGAUAUUAUCGUCGCUGGAGGAGGCAUCAGUGGAGCAAGUGGCCACAGCAGCCCUUUUCUUGUCUCACUUGAAUGCACAUAUUGUAGUACUCGAGAGUUGCCCAGGUCGUAUGUCUAUCGAAGGCGGAAUUGUGAUGCUCGAGCCGAAUGGAAUGCAUGUUUUUCAAGGGCUUGGAUUAGCGGAAGCCCUUCAUCACCGGCCCAAUGGCACCCAGGUUCCAUGGUUUUAUAUGUGCGAGUCGUCCGGUGGUGUAUCGGGUAAAGUCCCUCAAGGUUCUGCGAAGCGUUACGGUUUUGCGUCGACAAGGGUCACGCGAUGGGACAUCCAGGAAGUGUUGCUGGAUGUCACGAAGAGGAAGAGAUUGACUAUCGCAUGGAACGCUAAGAUUGAAGAUGCUGAAGAGCUUUCUGACGGAGUCGUUGCUCGCUGGCGAGAAGGGAGCGCGGAUAAAGAAAGGAAGGUUCUUCGCCGUUACUUCGACUGGGCGUUCUCAGUUCCCCAGAUAAUCAAUGCAGCCGAGGUUUUUGACGCAGCGCCAUUUGUCUGGCCGGUCUACGAGGUCAAGAACAUACAGAACUGGUGCAGCAAGUCCAUUGUGUUAGUUGGAGACGCUGCUCAUGCCAUGCCGCCACACUCAUGUCAAGGAGCAUCUCAGGGCCUCGAGUACGCUGCUUACCUAGCAUAUCUUCUCCGACAACACCAGUUAAACCCAUCCUCGGAUUUGAAGGAUGUACUCACGCAAUUACAAAGGGAUCGGCAGCCUCGAGUUAACGAUAUCGCUGCUGAGGCUAACUGUCGUGGAGACCAAAAAUGGGAAAUAAGUGCUUUCGGGAUGUUCGUGAAAAAAUGGGGAAUGAGAGUCGUUCUACUUCGUGAAGGAGAGCUGGAUGGAUGGAUGGUUUGGGUACAAAGUGCCUGGAAUCGAAGACUUGGUCAGGAUUAUACGCGAGAGCGAGUAGAUCCAGUUGAUCUCACGUCUGAUUCGCCCUAUGUACAUGGGGGUGUCUGUGUGUGUAUAGCUUUGAAUGCUAGAUCCUACCACUGGGCCAUUCAAGUUCAGAUCCAGAGAUUAACUCAGUAG